AUGUCUGCACCCGGAGAGAUGAACGGUGGAACAGCCAAUGGAUAUCACGCAAGUCGUUUGGAGAGGCUUGUCCACUGGGCGCAUUCUUUAACUUAUGAACGCUUGCCCGCCGACGUGGUUGAUCGCACCAAGGCGUUUUUCAUUGACUGGCUUGCCUGCGCAGUAGCUGGAAGAGGUCAUGUCUCGGUCACGUCGAUGGUGGAAUAUGCCAAAACCAUGGGCCCAUCAACGGGCAAGUGUGAAGUGAUUGGAUUCCCAGAUCUCACCACCAGUGCAGCCUUCGCAUCACUCAUCAAUGGUGCUUCCUCGCACGUGGUGGAGCAGGACGAUCUUCACAACAGUAGCAUGAUGCACCCGGCUACCGUGAUAUAUCCCACAGCACUCGCUGUAGCGCAGGAUGUCGGUGCUAGCGGGAAAGAGUUCAUCACCGCAUGCGUGGUGGGAUACGAAUUUGCCUGUAGAGCGGGCGAGUUUCUAGGCAAGGCUCAUUAUGAAAAUUUCCACACCACAGCAACGACUGGCAUCCUCGGAGCCGCAGCCACGUCUGCCUAUCUGCUUCGCUUGACCGAGGAUCAAUUCCUGUCCUCCAUUGGCAACGCAGGUACCCAAGCCGCGGGACUUUGGCAAUUCCUUCUAGAUGCAACGCAUUCCAAGCAAGUGCAUACAGCGCAAGCCUGUGCCGGAGGUGUGUUCUCCGCUUAUGUGUCGCGUUCAGGUCUCCUUGGGCCUCACGACAUCCUUGAAGGUCGGCGAGGCAUGGCAGCGACUCUGGCAUCUGUAGAUCCGGAACCGUCUUUCAUUGAUGCUCAGCUUGGGGCAAAAUGGUCCGUGCUCGAGUCGAGUUUUAAAUGGCACGCAUCAUGUCGCCAUACCCAUCCGUCCGUGGAUGCAUUAAUUGCACUGAUGGAAGAAGAGAAGAUCAAAUUCAACGAUAUCGCGUCAAUCACAGCGCACACCUAUAAGGCGGCAAUUAGCGUCUUGAGCCUGAGCGCCGCGGCGGAGACCGUUCAUCAAAGCAAGUUCUCCAUGGGGUUUGUUCUGGCUGUCGCCGCGAAGAACGGCUCAGCUAACAUAACAAAUUUCACUGAGGAUGCACUCUCAGACCCCGAGCUACGGACCAUGCAGAAGAGAGUAACCAUGGUCCUCGACCCGAAAAUUGACGCAGUGUUCCCUGCCAAAUGGCUUGGGAGGGUGACUGUCACCACAAAAGAAGGGCGCAGAGUGACCAAGAAUGUGGAUGUGGUCAAAGGAGAUCCGGGCUGGACCUUGACAAAGAGUGAGAUCGAAGGCAAGGUAAUUUCACUUGCCCGGUAUGGCCAUGUUCAGGACUUAAGUCUCUUUGAGGCCACCAUACAGAGAAUCUGGAACUUAGAAGUAGAUAAAGAGAUCAGAGGGUUUGUAUUCUCAUGA